AUGAACCCUGGAUCCGAGAUCGAGUACGAGAUACCCUACGUGGUGCGCGUGCACAAGAGCGGCCGCGUCGAGCGCCUGCAAGGCACCGAGACCGUGCCGCCCUGCCCCUCCGGGGAUCCAGCAAGCGGCGUCGCAUCCAAGGACGUCGUCCUCGACCCCGCGGCGAACAUCUGCGCGCGCCUCUACCUCCCAGCCGCCUUCGCCGCGGCCGAGCCCAGCAAGAAGCUCCCCGUGGUCCUGUUCUUUCAUGGCGGCGCGUUCAUGAUCAACCCGCCCGCAUCGCCAGUCUACUACCGCUCGCUCGCGCGUAGAACCGCCUCACUCCUCUCGACCUCACGUGGACGGACGACCUCUCGACCUCACGUGGACCGCCUCGCCCCGGAGCACCCUCUCCCGGCGGCGUACGACGACGCCUUCGCGGCCCUCGAGGCGGUCGUCACCGCAUGCCGCCCGGAUGGCGCCGAGCCCUGGCUCGCCACGCACGGCGACGCCUCCCGCGUCGUUCUUGCCGGCGACAGCGUCGGCGCCAACAUUGCGCAUAAUACGGCGAUAAGGCUGCGGAAGGCACGCAUCGAGGGCUACGGCGACAAGGUCAGUGGCAUCGCGCUCAUGCAUUCCUACUUCUGGGGGACAGAACUGGUGGGCGGCGAGGUUGCGCCGCGCGCCAACAUGGAGCGCACGUUGGACCUCGCCUCCGGCGGUAAGUUCGGCUCCAGCCACCCGUACAUCAACCCCGCGGCGUCACCGGAGGACUGGAGGCAGAUCGGGUGCGGCCGCGUGCUGGUUACCACUGCAGAACGCUGCAUAUUCGUGGAGAGGUCGCGCGCGUACGCGGAUGGUAUCAAGGAGUGCGGGUGGGACGGCGAGCUGGAGUUCUACGAAACCAAGGGCGAGAUGCAUACCUAUUUCUUAUUCAUGCCCGACUGCGACAAUGCAGCCAAGGAGCUCGCCGUCGUGGCCGAUUUCGUCAGGCGCUCAUGA